UCCUCUUCCUUGGCCUCCGCCAAAGCCCUAGCACGCUCCCACGCGUCCCUCCUCGCGCCCCAAACCCAGAGAACAGGUACCCGGUGUCUCGCUUUCUUUCUCGCAGGAUUCUCUCGCCCGGUCCCUCAGUCCGGUCCGUGUCUCGCGGCUCCGUGCGACCGUGCCGGGCAAUUCAAGCUGCUCCCCUUCGACGAUCCGUCUUCCGCCGUCACUCUGCCGAUGGCUUCUGCACUUCAGCGCCUGUAUGUAUCUACUGAAUAUGAGCUUGGACUUUGAUUCUCGUGCCGUGAUGCAGUGGUCGCGCCAGCGCCGUCGCGCUCGCGCCGCGCCUCCGUCAGGAUGCGCGCCUCUGCUGCCGCGCCGGCGGAGCCGAAGAAGACCGUCUGGGUGUGGACCGAGAGCCGGCAGGUGAUGACGGCGGCCGUGGAGAGGGGGUGGAGCACUUUCCUCUUCGGAUCCAAAGACCUCGGCAAGGACUGGUCAUCAACCGCUCGCAUAAAUGCUCUCUUCAUUGACGGUCCAGGGAUUUUCGAUGAGGAGAACCAGAAGGUUGCUGUAAUUUCACAAGUCUCUUCGCCCGGUGAACUUGACCUUGUACAACCGGACAACGCCGAAGCCGAGAACAUUGUCAUAGACUUUCGAGGUGGCUGGCAGGUUAUACGGGCAGAAAAUAUAGUUGCUGCAUUCCAAGGAUGUAAAGGAAAUGUAUUGGCUGUAUCAACGAACACAACUGAGGCGCAAGUUUUUCUUGAGGCCUUGGAGCAAGGGCUUGAUGGAGUUGUACUUAAAGUAGAUGACAUGGAUGAUAUCAUUAAGCUCAAGGAUUAUUUUGAUCGAAGGAACGAGGCAAAGAGUCAAUUACCAUUGACAAAGGCUACUGUAACAAAGGUCGAGGUUGUUGGUAUGGGUGAUCGUGUUUGUGUGGAUCUUUGCAGUAUCAUGCGACCUGGCGAAGGCCUUCUGGUUUGUGUUGGAUCGUAUGCCAGAGGAAUGUUUCUUGUUCAUUCUGAAUGCUUGGAGACUAAUUACAUUGCAAGCAGGCCUUUCAGAGUCAAUGCGGGGCCUGUACAUGCAUAUGUCACCGUUCCUGGUGGCAAGACAAGCUACCUCUCAGAGUUGGGGUCAGGAAAGGAAGUCAUCGUGAUCAAUCAGAGUGGGCUAUGGCGUACUGCAAUUGUCGGUCGUGUGAAGAUCGAAUCAAGGCCUCUGAUCCUUGUAGAAGCGAAGGAUAACUCUGGAGACGAGACGUAUAGCAUUUUUCUACAAAACGCAGAAACAGUUGCACUUAUUACCCCUAACACAGGAUCAAGUGGAAGGACCGCCAUUCCCGUGACUUCGCUGAAAGUCGGUGAUGAAGUUCUGGUGAGGAAACAGGGCGCCGCCCGUCACACUGGGAUAGAGAUUCAGGAGUUUAUUGUUGAGAGAUGAAAAUGGAAACGCUGAAUGCACCAGUUUCACGUCGUUUUGAACAAAAAAAUGAUGUAUGAUUGCAACAUUCAUCUGUUCUGUUGGUUAAGAUUGUGAGAUUCCAUUGCAGCAUACAAUUGUGAGAUUCCAUUGCAACGUACAAUAAUAGAUCAAGACAUUGAUGCCAA